AUGGGAACGAAUCUAGAAGCCCGUUUGCGGAGCGCCGAACGCACGGACGUCAGCACCUUGCGCAAGCUCAUGCCAAUAGAUCCUUCGCAAGGAUUCGUGAAUUGGGAUUCCCCACCAACCUAUGAUGACGAUGUCGAUGAGGAAGAACCGAUUGAAGGACCUUUGGCAUCCGACCUAGAGGACGAGUACGAAGGGGAUGAAUUUUCUCCCAUGUUUGGCGGCCUCUACCCCGAAGAUGAUCAAUUGGAAGAGGAAGAGCCCACGGGUGACAUCGACAAUUAUGAAGAGGUUGAUGAAGACUUUUCAGCCAAGGCAGAAGCGCCGGCGAUUUUCAUAUUCGGAGAUUCAACUGCCGACGUUGGGACAAACAACUUUUUGCCCAACACCACUGCGCUGGCCAACUUCCCUUAUAACGGGAUCGAUUAUCCCUUCUCGAGGCCAACAGGGAGGUUCAGUAAUGGCUUCAACACUGCUGACCAAAUUGCGAGGCUAUUUGGUUAUAAGAGGAGUCCGCCACCUUUUCUCCUUCUUGUCAGCCGUCAGUUCAGUUUUAAGCAGAACAUGCUACGAGGUGUGAACUUCGCUUCUGCCGGGGCUGGAAUUCUCGACGCUACAGGACUAAUCAAAUGGAAAGAGGUGGUUUCAAUGGGAAAGCAGGUCCAACAAUUUGAAAUGGUUCGUGGAAAUAUAAGUGAGAUUAUGGGUCCAACAGAGAUUGCUGGUGUGCUUUCCAAGUCUUUGUUCUUCAUUAGUGUUGGAAGUAACGACAUCUUUGAUUAUCAAGAUUUUAAUAGCACUACUUUAUCCAAGCAAGACUUCAUGGACACUCUCGAAUUCUCUUUCCACAACCAUUUAAAGAAUCUAUAUGACCUAGGGGCUCGAAAAUUUGGCAUUGUGAGUGUUGCACCAGUUGGAUGCUUGCCAUCUCAACGUGCUAACAAUACCAGUGGGCAAUGCAAGGAGGAGUUGAAUGAGUUAGCUCGGAUGUCCCACACCAGAAUGGGGGGUCUCUUGCAAGCCUUGAGCUUUCAAUUGAAAGAAAUGAAGCAUUCACUCGGAAAUGCCUAUGAAAUGACCAUUAAUAUCAUUGAAGACCCCUUGGCCUUCGGCUUCAAGGACGUCAAAGGAGCUUGCUGUGGAACAGGAAAUUUCAAUGGAGAAGGACCCUGUGUUAAGUUUUUUGACCCGAACCUUUGCUCUAAUUGUCGCGAGUACUUAUUCUGGGACUUCUUUCAUCCGACGGCAUUUGCUUCAGAAUUGGCAGCCCUAACCCUCUAUGGUGGAGGACCAAGAUUUGUGAAACCCAUGAAUUUUAGCCAGUUGGCAAUGGUCCAUGUUUGA